AUCCAUCCAUCCAUCCAUCCAUCCAGUUCAAGCGGGAUGCGUCCUCUUUUGAGCGGCAUUGAAUGCACUCAAAUGCAGCGAGAUCGCUGCAACUUGUGGCCGGCUGCAUGCAACACUUACACGUGACGUGUGACUACCCAUUAAAAGUAGGUGAUGGGAACGCUUCGAGACCUUCAGUUUGCCCUGCAACUAAAGAUUGAGGAGCUCCGUCAGAGGGACACCCUGAUCGAUGAACUGGAGCUCGAACUCGAUACCAAGGAUGAACUCAUUCGGAGACUUCAGGAGGAACUGGAUCGCUACAGAGCCUCCGUUGUCUUACCGGGACCCUCUGCAGCCAGCGCCGCCUGCUCUAGUCAUGGUGCUGACCUGCGAGUUGCGAACAAGAAGACCGUCAUUUCAGAGUCCUUCACUCUGGAUUCGACGAAUUGCUUCACCUUGUGUGACAAAAAUCAGGAGAGUCAGAAGUUGAUCCAGGCCGCUUUUUUGAAAAGUCACCUGUUGAGGAACCUCAACGAAGAUGAAACGAGAGCCGUCACGGCCUGCAUGCAACUCACGGCUGUCCGUCACGGCUGCUGCGUGAUCCAGCAGGGAACCAGCGGCGGCUCGCAGGCUUAUGUUGUACAAGAGGGGAGGCUAGACGUGACGAAAGAUGGACAAAAAUUGUUCGCGAUCGAAGCAGGGGAAGUAUUCGGAGAGGUGGCGCUGCUCUACAACUGCACGCAAAUCUACUCCGUCACAGCACAGUCGGACAGCAAGCUGUGGGUUAUCGAGCGCAAGAGUUACCAGACUGUGCUCAUGCAGAGUGGCCGCGACAGCCUCACGCGUACGUCGGAGCUGCUGAGCAGGUGGAUGUCAACAAUGGAUGUCUUUUUUACACACACACAUCACCUUGCCUAUCGAUCAUCAUUUCUUGGUCCCCACCCGCCAAUUCCUUCAUUUCACUUUGGACUCUGUUUCUCAUCAGCAAGCUUUUAUGUUGAGUUUGAUCGUUUCUCUCGUCUUUCUUUCUCUCCGCAGGCUCGCUACACUCAAGGCGACUACAUCAUUCGGCAAGGCGCCACAGGGGACACCUUUUAUGUCAUUAACAAAGGCCAGGUGAAAAUCACAGAAAAGAAGACAGGGGAUGAAGAGCAAAUCCUCUCCAAGCUCUCGGAGAGGCAGUGGUUUGGAGAGAAAGCUUUGUGGGGAGAGGAUGUGCGUGCUGCGAAUGUCAUCGCGGUCAGUGACGUUGCGUGUCUGCUCAUCGACAGAGAGACCUUCAGUGAUAUCCUUGGAGGGAUGGUGUUUGACAGCAGUCUCGAGACGCAACAGAAGACCGGAUGCAAAGACGAGUAAGGAGAAUUUGAUUAAUUACUUGUUCCUAGAGACCAAACUGUCACAGUCGUAAACCUUUAUUAGCUCGACGUGCCAAAAUUCAAGUGUUGACCAUUUCUUCUUCCUCACACGAGGACAAUUAGACAUGAACUAUUUAGUAUGAAUCUG